AUGCAGUGCACACUCGUCAUAGUAGUAAACAAAGUUAGACUGUGUCCGGUCACAGAGGAACCAUUGAAACAAAUUGAUGAGCACCGGUCGGCGGGCGGCAGCUGGGAGGAGCCGGUCAGUGCUGUUAGAAACACACCGCUAAGACGAUCCCAACGUCUAAACUCCACGUUGGAUUCCAGGAGCACCGGCCAGCUUCGUAACACAUUGAGCCGUGCUCGCGAGUUGUGUGAGCGAUGGCGUAAUGGGGGUUCGAGUCCAUCUCCCCCCACUCCAGCCCCCGAUGACGAGGGGGGAGGGCGUCUGGCGAGGUGGUUCAGCGUUAGGAGAGGGACCUCGCAUCACUAUGACAUGCAGACACACGAAACGGAUAAGAUGCCCAAGUUACCAGAGCUCGAGGAGGAUAUGUUCUCCUGCGGUGGUGAGGUCCGCGGUGGUAGAGUCCCACCACCCUCCUUGGGCCCUCCUCCUGACUCCCUCACACCAGUCCAGCUAAGAAGACGGCAUGUGGUAGCCGCUAUCAUACACAGCGAGAACUCAUACGUAGCUACACUACAAAGGCUUAUAAAUGACUACAAGAAGCCUUUAGAGGAGAGCAGUCCAGCCAUCCUGAACGCUGGCAAGAUAUCAACAUUGUUCCACAGACUACCUGAUAUACUACAAUGUCACUUACAUUUCCGCACCGCGCUCGCAGACUGCGCUAGAACAUGGGACCGCGAUGAAAAAAUUGGCGAGGUGUUUCUCAACGCGUUCUCUAAAGCGGUGGUGUUGGAUGUAUACUCGGAUUUUAUAAAUAAUUUCUCAGUAGCCAUGGAAUUAGCGAAAAUGGAGUCCAAGAGAAAAUCUGCGUUGGCUGAUUUCUUGAAAGUGAAACAGAUCAGCGCUCACGACAGGCUGUCCUUCUUCGGCUUGAUGGUUAAACCUGUACAGAGAUUCCCGCAGUUCAUUAUGUUCUUGCAGGAUCUAUUGAAGCACACUCCGCCGGGUCAUUCAGAUCGUGUCGCGUUACAACGAGCUUUGACCAGACUUGAGGCUAUGGCUGAAGCUCUGAAUGAAAGAAAACGAGACGCUGAGAGGAUACAGGCGUUCCGUGCGGCGUUACGUCGCCUGACCCGUGGGGGUGUGGCGGGCGCGGCUGGCGGGGCUGCCGGCGGAGCUGCCAGGUUUGGAGCGGCGCGACUACUGGCGGCCAGGGCUGAUAAACGACACCUGCUCCGACAAGACGACCUGCUGCAACUGGAAUUCAACCAAUCUGGAACUCUGACUAAACGCAAGCCGCGUCGCCUGUUGUUACUCAACGACCUCGUGGUAUGCGUGUCUGUGGGGGCCGGCGGUGAUGACACCGAGCGGCUGAGUCUGAAGUGGGCCUACCCUGUACAGGACGUUGAGGUUCUAGAUACAGGAACAUGGCCGACGCUAAGUCGGGUACUUGCUCAAGGCGUCAAUCGUAACGGCAGUCUUCGUUCAAAUUCGUCGAGUUCAACGGGCGAGUCUCUCUGUAACGAGAUGUCAUCUCUGAUGCACGACUACGAAACUGUUUCAAGGAUGGCGGACCUCGCAGCAUCACUUAAGACUCCAUACCCAGAAGUCGCCCCAGAAACAUUCAAGGCCCUAUUACAGAACAUACAGCAGAGUAUACAGAAAAAAGACGACGAAAUGUCAUGGGUCGACUCGUGCUGUCUCCAACUGACUAUAAGAGGUCGUGAAGAAGCGAUCACGUUUCAAGCCAACGAGCCGGGCGCGAGGCGAGCUUGGGCCACGGAACUACGACUGGCGCAACUCGCUCAAGACAGAGCUAACUGUCCUUCAUGGAGACUACCACCGCCCGCUCCACACUCACCGCCUCAUAAGAUGCCGCUGUUCGUCACUGCGACUACUGUGUACAGCUCAAAUCAACUCACUGAGGUGCGGUGCGGUUGUUUCUACCAGUCGUCGGGCAGUGCUCGCGGCGCCGCCACUCGUCGAUCGCGCGCCCUGCUGUGGGUGUGUGCGGGCGGCGCGGACAGUCACGUGGCCGUGCUCACACACCGGGCCGCCAAGCUGAAGACGCUCGUCACGCUCGACCUGCCCGACACUAAGGUAACGUCAAUGGAAUACGCAAAAGGUCUCCAGAAUGUGACGACGUUGUGCGGAGACACGGUGUGGCUCGGUACAGAGGACAAGAAGAUUAUAAUAUUCUCAGGAGUUGAACCAGAGAAACAAGAAAAACUGACUGAAGUGACGACGACCGCGGCCGUGACGCAGAUCAAAUAUCACUGUGACUCAAUGUUCGUGGGACUCGCGAAUGGAAGAGUGUCUGUGUAUAGGAGGAACCACGACGACUCGUGGGCGCUACAAGAACCACUGGCUGUAGAGCUAGGAGACAAGCCCGUCCACUGUAUAUUACCAGUAGACGGAAUUAUAUACGCGACCUGCGCUAAAAGAGUGUUCGCCAUCAACGCACUAACAGCUGAAAUCAUGAGAAUACUGGAACUAAAAGGUGAAGGAGACCGUUCAGUGAAAUAUCUAGCGCAUUCCGGAGUAGGACUGUGGGCGGCGUUCUCUGAUUCGACAUACGUUAGCUUAUAUCACGCUGAGACGUUCGAGCAUCUGCAGAAUAUUGAUAUAGCAGCUGAUGUCGCGAAAACUAUCGGAGCUAGGGAGGGCAGUAAACCGGCUUAUGUGUCAGCUUUGUUGGCGGGUCAGGGGUUACUGUGGGUAGGAACGACGGCCGGUGUGACUGUUACUGUUCCGUUACCAAAAUUGGAAGGUCUCCCGCUGAUAGGAGGACACAUAGCCGUGUCGUAUCACGCUCACGCUGGUCCCGUUACAUUCCUGCUGUCAUUGACGCCGGAAUCGAGAGAAAUGGACGUAAACGCCGUCAGACGGAAUCUAUCCAACGUACGAGCGCUCGCAGAGAACGUAGAGUAUAAGGAGAACGAGUCCAAAGAAGAAUCAGACAAACAGAAGCUGGAGAGACGGAUAUCAGAAGAGAUGAGUCCGUAUAGACCGCAGCGGGUCCAAUCAGCUGUUAUAAGAAGAAAGAAACCGGGUGAUGUACGACUGAGCAAAACUUUGCCUAAAUGCGCCAACUUAAACGCCUGUGACGUGUACGGACUGUUUGGAGAGUUAAUGUUCGUUAAAGACUGUGUCGGUGAAGCGGACGUCAGCGGCUCGGGCGGAGAGUCGCUAAGGAGGAGUGACCCAGAACUAGCCGCGAUACCGUUCAGAGUUAGUACACUGGAUAGACGGUUAAGGAUGAGGGCGGGACGGCCGAGGAGUUUAGAUCUAUCCAGCUGGUCGGUAGAUUCGCGAGCGUCAAGUCUAUGCACGUCAUCCGGCAGCGAGGAGUCUAUGGCGUUACGUGGAGUAUCAAGAAACAGUUCAGGCGCUUCAGGUGCAGCGAACUUAGUUCCAAUGGCUGUAUCAACGCCGGAUUCAUCAUCAAGCAAAUCAAGCGCUUCAGAGCGUUCGAUAUCAAGGAGCGAUUCGUCCGCGGCCGUCGAGUUGCGGAGCACAAACAAGACCGCCGGUCGGAGCCUGCGCGGUGCUGAUUAUAUAGUGGGCGAGGGUAGCCGGCGGUCGGUGGUGACGGUGGUGGGGGGGAGGGGCUACGUUGACUGGAGGCAGACCGCUGACGCCGCUGAGAGACCCGCUCCAGCGGCUGACCCAAACCCUAAAGACGCCCAUCUGAUACUAUGGGAAAUGCGGCUUUGA